GACAGGAAGGACCUGACCUCAGGGUGACAGCUGCAUAUCUGCCAAUGUUAAGAACAUUUGUCAGACUGGCUCAGAAGCACGGUUAUGAACCUUACCAGAACCAUCCAUGAUCACCAUGCUCACAGUGCUGCUCUAUUUUGGUCUUAUUUUGGAACACAGAACUGCAGUACAGGCAGGACUACUCCCAAAGCCCAUCAUCUGGGCUGAGCCAGGCUCUAUGAUUGCCCUGUAUAAACCUGUGAUUAUCUGGUGUCAGGGGUCCUCAGAGGCCCAGGAGUAUCUUCUGCAUAAAGAGCGAAGCAAAGACCCUUGGGACAAACAAUUGCCUCUAGAAACCAGGAAUAAGGCCAAGUUCAACAUUCAAUACAUGACAGCAAGUUAUGCAGGCAUAUAUAAAUGUUACUAUAAGACUGCUGCUGGCUUUUCAGAGCAUAGUGAUGCCAUGGAGCUGGUGAUGACAGGAGCCUAUGAAAAUCCCAGCCUGUCUGUCUGGCCCAGCCCUGAUGUGACCUCCGGAGUUCCCAUAGCCUUUAACUGUAGCUCCUCCAUAGGACUUGGCAAAUUCAUUCUGAUCCAGGAAGGAAAACCCAACCUCACAUGGAUCCUGGACUCACAGCAUCAGGCCAAUCAGCUGUUCUAUGCUACUUUUGUUCUGGAUGCUGUUACUCCCAACCACAAUGGAACUUUCAGAUGCUAUGGCUUUUUUAGAAAUGAUCCACAGGUUUGGUCACAAUCAAGUAACCCUCUUGACCUCAUGGUCUCAGAAACCAAGGACCAGUCUUUUACAACCCCUAAAGAUGGACUGGAAGAAUACCAGAAGAUUUUGAUUGGAGUCUUGGUGUCAUUCCUCCUGCUUUUCUUCCUCCUGCUUCUUCUCAUUCUCACCCGAUACCGGUAUAGUUGCAAAAAGAAGAAGGCUAAUGCAUCUGUGGAGAACACACAAUCUGAGGACAAUGCAGAGCUGAACAGUUUGAACCCACCUGAUGAAGACCCCCAGGGAAUUGUCUAUGCCCAAGUGAAACCUUCCAGGCUUCGGAAGGACACUACAUCCAAAGAGACCCAGGUUGUAACCUAUGCCCAGUUGUGCAGCAGGACGCAGAAAUAGGACAACAGCUGAAACCAGCAAGCAGCCAACACAGGAAGAAGACCCAGACCCCACAUUCCUUGAAUGGAAACUAGGAAUUUUCUAAGAUAGUCUUUGUUUCCAGUGAACUCUGUUUAAUUAUUCCCACCCAUCGUGAAUACCUCAUGUGUCAUCAGAAGCUUCUCAGAAUUUUGGGAAUAUGCUUUAUUCUUUGUUCAGAGAUAUACAAAUGUCCUUACAUUUUGUGAAUAAAUCCAGAUCAUUCUCAAUAAACAAUUCAUGAAUUGAGAAACAAAUGAAGUGAGAUAUGAAUUAAAUGACAAUGUAACCAGGGCACACUAACCAAUGAACCUGGAAUUUACAGAAUCAUGGAUAAAUGCAUAAACAAAGAAAAUGUCUUCA